GGGAGCUAUAAAUGCCUAGAGUAAGGGGCAAUCAAGCAAUGCCGCUCAGCAUUAAUUGUUGAUUAUUGGAUCCUCUUCUUCAUGUCCCCCAAACAUUUAUAUUUUAUGCAGGCCAUCAUCAUUCAUUUUUAGGCAAAGCAAUGGAUGCAGAACAAGUUUUGAGAUUGUUGGAUGCCAACUGGUUUGAGACAACAAUUUUCACCAACAAAACCUCUCCACCUUUUCAUUCAGCAGUGGAUUCAGCUUCAGAGUCCCAUGUGAAGGAAGUGUUUCCUUUAGAUUCAAAGCUCCUGAGAGCUCCAACACUUCAAGUGAGGUCUCUUAGUGACCAAAACUUGAGCUCAAGUGUAGGUGUUUUCUCUGAUUUUCCAUCACCAAAUUCUGUCCUCACACCACAGAGGCUGAGGCCAAUUCUUUCUGGGAAGGAAGUGGAAGAUUUUCCACUGGCAAAAGGUAAUGGAAACCAUGAAAAUGAAGAGGAAGAAGUAGCCACUAAGAAAAAGCUGAGUCAUGCUCAUAGAAGAAGAAGAAGAUUCAGAAAAGGAAAAGCAACAAGGAGUCUGUCAGACCUUGAGUUUAAGGAGCUAAAAGGGUUUAUGGAUUUGGGUUUUGUGUUUUCUGAGGAAGACAAGGACUCAAGGUUGGUUUCUUUGAUACCAGGGUUGCAAAGGCUAGGAAAAGAGGAUGCAUCAAGAGGGAACUCAGAACAAAACAUUGAUGAAACUGUGGUUUGCAGGCCUUAUUUGUCUGAAGCUUGGGGUGUUUUAGACCAAAGGAAGGUUGUGAAUCCAUUGUUGAAUUGGAGGGUACCAGUUGUAGGCAAUGAGAUAGACAUGAAGGACAAUCUUAGGUUCUGGGCUCAUACAGUUGCAUCCAUUGUAAGAUAACAACGAAUGAGCUUCCUUUUCUGGUGGAUUUUCUGAGUGCAAUCUUGUUCCUUUGCUUUGAAAGUCCUUAGUUGUAUAUGUGUUUGACUCUAUCUACAAUCAUAGAUGUACAUUUCCCAAGUUAUUUUUUGUACCCUUUUUUCCUCUAUUUUCCCCAUGUGCACUUUUAUCAAUUUGUUUGGAAAUGAAGCAUGUGAUAUGAAGAGAAGGUACAUCUGGACAGAGGGAUAUGCCUUGAUAUUUUUUGGUUUGGUCCAUUUUGCCAUCUUGUUUGGAUCAGAAAUUUUCCUUAAAAGAAUUUUGAUUUUUUUUUCCAA